AUGUUACGCUCGCCAGCUGAACUUUUAUUCGAAAAAUUGAGCGGUAUUGUAUGCUUAUUCAAACCAGCUGAUAUGAGAUUGCAAAAUUUUUUACCUAUUGUUCAAGCACGAUUAGCUACAGCAUUUAAUGAUAUGCCAUGCCGACCACCAGAUCAACGUGUCGAUAUUAUUUGUGAUACGAGAACAGGAAAAGAACUUGUUAAAACAUCACUGGAUUUAGCCGAUACGGUACAAGCAUUAGGUCCACGAUAUUUAGCUGAAGAUUUUGAAUUUACUUCAAUAUUACCAUUGAGAAGAUUCUCAUCGGGAGUACAAAUACUAGCAAUCAAUGAUAACUCUAGAAAACUCAAAGAUAUCGAAGAUGGUCAGCCAAUUCGAUCUUAUCUCUUAAAGGGAAAAUUUGGUGAAUCAACAGACACACUUGAUGCUAAUGGUGUUAUUGUAGAAAAAAGUCGAUACAAACACAUUUCAACAUCAAAAAUCGAACAAGUAUUGGCUUUGAUUCAAAAUAGUUUUCAAGCAACUAUGUAUAAAUUGUCCGGUAUUUCACCUUUUACACAAGCUGGUUAUGAUUUAGCCAAAGUUGGUUUAUGGAAACCACGUGAUCACACUUUACCACCAAUUGUCUACGGAUUAAAAUUACUUGAAUAUAAACCUCCUUAUUUUAAAAUAGAAAUUCAUGCAUUGAAUGAAGACGAAAUACAUUUGAAAGAAGUUGUUGUUGAUAUUGGUGUACGUUUAAGAACAAGUUCAGUGUCAGAAUCUGUUCGACGUACAAAUAUUGGACCAUUUAAAGUUGAACAUGCAUUAUCAUUAGAUGAAAUAACACCCGAGACAUUAUUAGAAAAUAUGAAAAAUAGUGAACGAUUAAUAGAAGAAGCAAAUUUAUUGGACAAAACUAUACUCAUUGGUAAAAGUCAUAAUGAAGAAGUGAAAAUAGUUGGACGAAAACCAUACGAUAAUGUUACGGAUAUAUAUCAGACAAAAAAGAGUGCUUAUAAAACAUCGGAACAAAUGGAUUUGUAA